GAAGCAGGAACAUGGGAGGCUGUAUGCCCAGCACGCAGGACCACGAAAUCCACUCGAGAGGAGAGCCCGGUCCUUCUGAAGCCCCUGCAUCUACUUCAGCACCUUGCAAAAUGCCUAAAAGCGUUUCAAUAUCUAAACAACUGUCUUCAAUAAAAGCUUUGAAGAAGGGCUCAGAUCUGGAAAAAGCGAUUGCUACUAUUGCUCUGAUUUUCAGAAACUCUUCUGACACUGAUGGUAAACUUGGGAAAGCCACUGCCAAGAAUCUGUUACAAACCCAAUUUAGGAAUUUCACAGAGAGAGAAGAAUCCAAGCCCACGUACCGAGACAUCCUUUCUGAGCUUGAUGAGCACACAGAGAGUAAGUUGGAUUUUGAGGACUUCGUGAUCUUGCUCCUGAGCCUCACCAUCAUGUCAGAUCUGCUACAAAACAUAUGGAAUGAAAAUGUUAUGAAAUAAACAAAUUUAAUUAUGUGAAUGGGCAAAAUGAUGGCAAAAGCAGUGCCAUGUGAUUAAAUGUUUCUCUCUGGUUUGUAAUGAGCGUGGGCUGAUUCAUAUUGGUGGUGCUCAUCCAGUAUAAUUGCCUCAUUUCAACAUUCUUCAGAAAUGCCUGAAUAAUAUGAUUGUGACAUUAAAAGUUGGGUACCACUUUUGAUGAGUGGGUAGUGACAUGGAGAAUUUUUGUAUGGAAUAAGUGUUGAAUCAAACUUAUUCAUUGAUCAUGCAGUAAUAUUUGUGAGCGUCUUCUUGGU